AUGUUGAAGCGAUUCAACGCCAUUUUCAACAAGCACGGAACAGCGUUCCAGGUUCUGUCCGAUCUCCAUCUCGAAGUCAACCAGCAGUACCAGACGUAUGAAGUGCCGACAUGUGCACCCAACCUCAUCCUCGCUGGAGACAUUGGACGUCUGUGCGACUAUGAAAAAUACCGCGACUUUCUACAAUACCAGACAGAUCGCUUCCAACAGGUGUUUCUAGUUCUUGGAAACCACGAAUUCUACAGCCAAAGCUUCGCAUCAGCACUGGAGAGCGCUCGUGCGAUGGCGCAAGAAGCUUGUUUCGAGGGCCGAUUGAUCCUCCUCCAUCAGACGCGCUAUGACAUGCCCGACUCCCUUGUCACAAUCCUGGGCUGUCCCCUGUGGUCUCACAUUCCCGAAGAUCAAAAGGGCGUAGUGACAUCGACCAUUCAAGAUUUCAAGCAGAUUGAGGGCUGGACAGCCGAGGACCACAACCAAUCUCACGUGUCGGACCUGACGUGGUUAUCACACGAGAUCGACGCGAUUCAGGCCUCGAACAGGCAGAAGCCGAUGGACGAGAGACGAGUGGUUCUGGUCGUCACGCAUCAUGCGCCGUCAAUCCAGCGGACGUCUCAUCCGCAGUACCAGUAUAGUCCGUGGAGAUCUGCGUUCGCGACCGAUGUUGUUGCGCGGAUGUCGGAGUUGACUGGCGUCAAAGCGUGGGUUUUUGGACACACGCAUUACUGUACGGAUGUGAAAGAACGAGGUGUUCGGAUCAUUGCAAAUCAGCGCGGGUACAAGUUUACCAGCGAUGACUCGAAGGAGCCCAAGGAUGGGUUUGACUCGAGGAAAGUGAUACAUGUAUAA